GCACUGCAGCGGGCAAUGGGCGGGUCAGCGUCCUUCUGUUGCCUAGUAACAGGGAAGGCGGAGGUGUCUGCAGCUUCUAAGCCGCUGGAAUCGCAGGUUCGGUGCUGUUUGAGCUGUCACGGUACCUCUAGUGAUAACAAGAAAUGGCCACCGAACUGUAAUGGCUCACUAUUCCAAGAACAAAUGCCUGCGGUGCUGAGCUGUUGGAUUAAAGCAAUGUAAAGGGCACGUGAACCACUGACAGAACUUGUCCUCAAAUUUGAAAGAAAUGGCGGGCAGGCUGAGGAAAAACUCAAGAACAGAUGGCAACUCCAUGGCACAAGUAGAACCCACAAAAAGUUUGGGUAUUCACUCAUUCCAUACAAACAGGCCUGGCAGGUCGGAUCUCCCAGCCAUUGCUGGAGUUGGUUUAGGAGCUCCAGAUGCAAAACUGGCUAGCGUUGGGAUGGCUGCCAAACCAGCAAAAACUUAUGCCAGACCUGACAGGAUUGUGAAGUCUGUUAUAAGCAGAUCAGUGCAGGUAUCUUUUAGUGAAGGAAAUAUGUUUCUCUCUCAAAAUGAAGCUUUGCUGAAGGAGAACCUUUUACUCACUGCGACCCUCAAGGAAAAGGAAGUUACCAUAUUAAAUCUAAGGAAAGUCAUUGAAGAAAAGACACUUUAUUAUACUAAAGACUUAGAAGCUGAAAGAAACAGCCAUGCACUAACAAGGCAUCAGCUGGAGGAAAGCCAGAGCUUGGUGCAAGAGAAGCAGCAACUGCUAAAAGAGAAGACUCUGCAUUAUGAGAAAGUAGCCCUGGAAUUGCAAAAUCAGUAUGAGGAGAGAGUGACUUUACUGCAGAAACAAAGCCAGUUAGAAAUCAGCAGCAGGGAUGAAAAAAUAAAAAAACUGAAACAGCAGAUUUCAGAACUCUUCAAAGAAAAUUCAUGGGAACAUAAACAACAGAUGGACGAGUAUCAGAAGGAAGUUAAUCGGCUGGCAGAAGAAGUUAGGUCACUUCACUUGCAGUUAAAAAGAGAAAACACUUCAGCGAAGGAAUGUGAACAGUGCAUUAAAUGGAAAUUGGCUUUGGAGGAUACUAAGUUACAGCUAAAACUGAAAAAUAGGACCAUCGAGGAACUGCAAUCAGUGUGCCGGAGGUUUCAAAAGCAACUCACAGAGCAAGAAAAGUUACAGAAUAUACUCAUAUUGAAGAGCAGCAGCAACGUGAAGUAACCAUUCUGCCUACCUCCACUCGGCCAGCCAACCGGAUGUCUUCAUCUUUAAACUUUAGUUUGAAAUUUUUUCUUUUUUUUUUGAACUGUGAUUGAUAACUAAGCUAUAUGUUGAAGUUACUCUGAUCAGAUCACUUCUAACUUCCUCUGCUCCUAUUUAAUGAUAAGUGCUUUGUUAUAUACCUCCCCUCAUGGAAAUUACACAAUCCCACUAGAAAUGACAUAGCCUGUGUGCUAUGUGUGCACUAAAGAUUGCAUGAUAGAAACACCCAGUCAGGGAGAAUGAAGAGGGCAGGAGGGGGAUCAGCCUGCCCAGCAAUUGACAUGGUAGGAGUGGGACAUCCCAACAUUAGAUUUAGACACAGUAAGAAGUGAACUCAUAGAACUUCUUAGCUCUGCAGUUUUAACUAUUAACAGAACUAACAGACUAUAGUUAUAUAUAGUACUUACCCCCAUAUGUAACAAAGUUUGCCCAGGAGCAGUGACCCAUAGCAACCAAUAAUAUGUUGAUUAUUUGCUACGAGUUACUGCUCCUGGACAAAUGUAAUGCCUUUUAUUACAUAACCCCUUAAGAAUACUCACAGGAGUAGACUGUAGCAUGCAGUAUUGCAGUGCCAGCCAUUCCCUGUUUAGUCCUACAUGCAGCUCUAACCUUAAAGGAGAACUAAACCCUAAAACUGAAUAUGGCCAAAAAUGUCAUAUUUUAGAUACGGAAUGUACUGCUCCUGCAUAAAUGUCAGCAUCUCAAUAGAAUCAAUGAUCCAGGACUUCAAACAUGUCACUGGGGCUCCCCAUCCUGGAAGGUGUCUGUGACGCUCACAUGCUCAGCAAGCUCUGAGCAGCUGUUGAGAAGUUAAGCUUAGGGGUUGUCACAUUUUUGUUUUAUUUUAGUU